AUGCACAGCCUGUUUAUUCUAAUGUAAGGUUUUCAAGUAAACAUUGUAGUUCAGGCUGCUUUUCAUCGUAACAUUACCUCACAAAUACUUUCUGUUGCACUAUAUUAAAGGGCAAAACGUGCAGUGACAUAUUUGUCUCAUCACAUCAUUGAAACAACCAAGCAUGAUGUACACAAUCUGUUUAUAGUGAUGAUACAGAUAAAGGCUUUUAUUCUACCACUGUAACUUUUCUGUUCUCCUAUUAACAGCAUCCUGCAGCUGGUUUUGCUGAGUUUCAUUCAGAUCUAGGAGUCCAAUGUCACAUUUGGGCAUGUUCUUGUAAAGAUGUCAGUGGCUGGAGUAGAAGUCUGCUGACUCACAGAGGGAGCUGGUGACUCAGCAGAUGCUCUGCCGUGAAUAGACCCCCUACCAUCACACAUCCACCUCUAUCAGCUCAGGACUCUUUGUGUCGUCAGUAAGGCUGCAUUUUCCCUGUUGCACUGCCUCUCACUCUCCCUUCUCCCCUCAGGUUUAGUCUUUUAUUAGACACUGGAUCUGUUGAUUUGUACCAACCCGAGGGAACUGUGCAAGGGUUUAUUUAUGUGUACAAUUACUCAAUCCUAUGUUCCUGUUAGUUUUGCUGCUCCAAUGCGGUUAUUGCAGUUGCAGGUACUUUAUAAAAACGCACGGUUGGUCUAAAUGGAGUCAUUGCCCUGGAAAAAAACAGCUCCCGUGCCCCAUUUGAAGACGCAGUGUUAGUCUUUCAGAGUUGUAGAGGGCCUGAUCAGGAGUUGUGUUGCAUGAAUCUGAUAAACUCUCCCUGCAGAGAGAUGGAGCAGUGUUGUGGCAGCAGUCUAGUGUUACCACUGCACUGCCCUGUGUUCUGGUUUAGCAGGAGUUUCAUGUUGUGAGUACAACAGUAAUGCCUGCAGGCUAUGGAGGGACUUUGACUGUCCGCCUCACCCAAACACCCAUAACUGAAAUACAAAACAUAAUCUUCAAUGUUGUGGCUUUUAUUUGAGCUGGUGGCAACAAAUGCUCCCAAAUGUAUGUAUAUAUCCUCAGACUUCUGAGGAGUUCCAUGGUUAAAACAACAGUUGCUGUGCCAGUAAACAUUCCUCUAAUUUAAUUAUCAGCACAGCAGUUCUUUGGUGAGCUGAACUGUUCAUGUAUUGUCAGCUGUUCACAUUGAGAGCGCGAGGAACGGAGAGACGCAGGGUGCAACAACUACUGGUUUGAUCUUGACGUAGUCGUAUUCAGCUGCAGACAGCAGGACUGUGUUCUUUGUGGAGGCUUUUGUCAACAAUUCGAGGCACGUGUGUGUGUGUGUGUGUCCGUAAGUGUGGUUCUGUCUCUCCGUCUGUUUGUCGUGAAUCGACCGCUGUCCUACAGACUGUCUGAGUGUGUCUUCUUUGUUCAUAGUCAUGGUCAUCUCACUCUGUGAUCCUGCUUUGUCUCUCUUUUACUCUCUCAUAUUCUCUGUUUAAUCUCUCUUUAUCACCCUCUCUUCUUUCUCUCUGUCUCCUUUCUUUUUGCAUCAUCUCAGCUGUCCGAGCUGUUCUCCUCUACCCUUUUCUUCUAGACAGUAGUCUGUUUGUCUCUGUCCACUCUUGUAACUUGUCUGAACAGGUAAGCAGUCAGUGUGAUCUCACAAAGUCCAAGAACAUCAACUGAGUGUGUGGUGACAGUGACGGCACAGUAUGAAGGCCACUGCAGAGAGAUUCUUGUUUUUUUUCUUCUACCAUUUAAAUUAAUACGUUCACAAAUUAACACCAAUUUAGAAUGUCACAGAUAGAUUGAAACAAAGUGCUUUGUUCAAUAUUUGGGUUCAUGCAACUAAUGAUUUUUUUUAAUAAUUUUGUCCACAGAAUGAUGUCUUCAAAUAGUGUUUGUCUGACCAACAGUACGAAACCCAAAGAUGGCUGUCAUGACUUUGACAAUGUGUGAUCCGGCACUGCUGUGUGCGUGACGUCAUGUUGUGAAACGGCGAUGUGGGCGUGUCUGUGUUUCCCAGGAUGCUUUGCGGUCUGUUUCUCGAUGUUGUCAGUGAGGUUGGUGUCAGUGAGUGCCGAAGGGACGGUUAUAUGAAUCGGGGCCUUCGUCAGCCUGCAGGUCGGUGACUUGGAUAGAUGCCAACACUCGUGACUUUCACGUGCACACUUCCAGUGUGUUAUCCACCUGUUGGCCGUGUGAUAUCUCUCUCUCUCCACCAACAACUACAGAGAAAUAGGACUUUUCAUACAGGUUGUAGAGGAUGCAUUUACUUAUUGCUCACCACAGUUUGCAGAUGUGAAGACGACAAGCACUGUAAAAAAAACAAUAGUCCUCUUUAAACUGAGUUCUAUUAGCUGAAGAGCUGUUUCAAGUUGUUUUCAUGCAGAAAUGGAGGUUACUAAUAUCACAAAGCACUUCUUGUGUGAGCACAGUCUGCAUAUUUCUUCUAGAACUACAUGUUCUAGCAAAAAUAACCAAAAUAACACUGUACACUCUGGUUCAGGGCAUUAUUUUAGAAUCAUUUACCUUCUAUUCUAAUAAUAAGUAUUUCCUUUAAGUGUGGAUUUCCCAUCUUACUCCAUAUCAAAGAUAAAUGUAGUCAUAGAACAUUUAGUGUGUUUUAUUGGGGUCAUUUAUCUGUAUGACCUCAUCCUUUGGAGCUAUAAAAGUUAGAAGUGCAAUCUUUAUUGAUUAUUUGUUCCUUCUGCACACAGCAUUAUCAGUUUAUAGUUUCCUGCUGUUAAGAUGAGAGUUGGUCUUCUAAAAGUGAGAAGAAUAACAUGUUAGUUUGGUCUCUUGGUUGAUUUUAAUAUCUCGGUAUCGAUGAUAAACCGCCUAGUCGAACUCAGCGGUCGUACCGGCUUUGACUUGUGAUGUUAAUGCUGACGCGCUUGUUUUUAAUUGACUCUCCGUCCAUAACAGAGCUUUCAUGAGAUCCCGACAGCUACGACCAAAUAUGGAUUCAUGAUUGGAGCGACUGUCAAAAGAAGAGCUUGUGUUAUUAUGUUUGACUUGAAGAACCUCCUUUCAGUGCCGUGGUCUGAGGAUCCGAAGAGAAGCUUUAGACAUUUUUCACUGGAUGGAGAACACACCCCAAAAUUCGUUGCAUUGUUUGUACACCCUUUAAUGACUAAUAAACGUAACAAAGACAAGAAUAAGAUGACACACGUCAGCUUAAAGACUAAAACGUAAGCAUCCGUGGACUAGGUGGACAUAGUUUCCAUAUUUUUACAUGAGAUUUAUUUAAAUUCGAGAAUCAAACUCUCAGACUAGAGGACGUUUAAGAGAUUACACAUAUGUCUGUUGGCCUUUCUCAACAAAUGUCUUCAUUAAAGCCUGAAACUUUGCUGCAUGAUUUGUCCUAAAAUGUAUGUUACAUUUUAUAUUAUUUAGUCUUUCGAAUAUUGUAAAAUAUAGAAAUGAAACCUCUGUGAUAUCCCAUCUGAAAGACCUCAACACAGGCACAUCUGCUGGUGUGUUUUUCAUCUCCGUGAACCCCAGGUAGUUAGAAACAGAUGUGCUUCUAUGGAAACUCUCAGACUCUAAUGUCUUUGUGCAACCAGACAUCUUGCAUUUAGCACAUCAUGCGUGCAGUUCAGUGUUUUGCAGUCUUGGUUUCUGUUUAAUCGUGUUGUCAUAUAUGUUUGGAUCUUUUAAAUUAGAAGUCAGACGGCAGCCUUGUGAAGUCUCUUGCUCGGUUGUAAUCUCCUGGAUGUCGAGAGCAAUAAAUCACACCUGAAGGUAGUUCAGCCGUUUGUCUUUUAAUGAGGCGAUGAAGUCACGCUUCAAUAGAGAUAUAAACCCAACUGUCUGUCUCCUCUCUCUCACGUUGUCGUACUGCUGUUACCCCACAAGGUGGCGGUGUUGCUUCACAAAUCAACAGUUGUUUAUAUAACCCUGACAUGCUCUGACCUAAAAAGUGCCUGGCAGCUGAGUGGAGAGGUCUUUCCUGCACGCAAUGUAGGAAUCACAAAGAAUCUUCAAUGCAAUACACACAACUCACAGCUAUCAUGUGGAUGCAUUUGAUCUGUGUUUUUUUGUUUUAGGAGACUGGUGUCCCGUUUGCUGGCCUUGUGCCUUCAUGCAGAGCCGCAGAUUGUUGAGAGGAUGUAAAAUGUGUCCGUGCAUGUCUGUCUAUGUUUAUGAGCUCACCCAUCAGGAUGAUUUUUGUGCACAUGCGUGUGAAAUGGAAGGUGUUUACGGGAGAGACGGGUUUUUUUUUAAUGCUGCUUUUUCCCCUCCUGGCGUUUACACCGAGGGAAAACAUAAGACAGAGGAGGAGAGGCAACAAUACUAGUUUUAACCGGUCUCAUCGCACACGUAUUGCUGUUUUCUUUCCCUCUCAAACUACUUUUAUGAGGUCGGCUUCAGCACAGGGACAGUGUCUUGCUCAAGGGCUCUUCAGCAGGACCGAUGAAAUCUGUCCAAAAUAUUUACGAGUCAUCUCUCACGGAAGGCCUUUCCCCUUCCAGUUACUUUCUUUUCUUUUUGAAAGAAAAAUGUGACGUGACCCCUCUACCACCUGUCAGAGAAAGACAUUAAUCCCCCCUGAGAGUGACACUUCCUGGUAAAGAGAAGUACUAAUUCUGUGGAAAGCCUCGACCCUCACCACUGUGGAAACACACACACACUCGCAGCAUGACGCCGGCACACUGCGGAGAGCCUCGAGCAAAGUUUCUCCUCGCCGACCGUGAUCUUUGUGUUUACAUUGACAUCGAGCCCUCACACCUUUUUUAAACAGAAACAUGUGCUGGGGGGGGGGGGUCGUGAUGUUUUUAAUGUCGUCAGUGUUGUGUAAUAUUUGAUUGUAUAAUAUAUUUAUGUAGACGCAUGGAUUAGAGGGUAGGGUGGCUGUUGAAGCCAGAUUUUAUUUUUGCGUGUGUGCAUACAAAGCUUUUACGAAUAUGCAGGCGAAGAGCCUUCUUGCCAGUUUUGGGGUUUGUAAUUAUGGAUUAAUACGACAUAAUUGUAUCAUGUUGAUUUAUGAUUUCAUCACGACAUGAUGCCAUUAAAUUAUCGCUCAGUCCUAUACGUUCUUAUAGAUUUCCUUCCGUUAGUGUGUUCGUGGGUGCAUACAUGCCAGAGAAUAAAUGAUAAAUCUCUUGAUCUACGAGUCGGUCAUCAGACGAAUCUAAUUGUCAAUUAUUUCAUUAAUCGUGUGUGUUGUUUACGUCAUUUUCUAGCUGAUGUAUUGUGAGGAUAUGCUGCUUUUUGGGAAGGCAAGUUGAGGAAUGUGUGAGGCUGUCGACAGCUCAUCCAUCACAAGAAGGCCCGUCUGCAGUGAACUAGUCGAGAUGUUGGAGCUCAGCCUCCCGUCUCCCUCGUCUGUCUCUACCGUGGCCCAUACGGCACAGAGGUUAUGUAAGGCGUUGCGUGCAUGGCAGAGACCGAUUUCAUGCUCCGAAGCUCUGUGAUGCCACGAGAGCUGGUUGAGUUUUGGGUUGUUCCUUCUCUGUGUUUGGGCAAAGGUCAAGGGCGAUUAUCAACAAGCAGAGGGUUGUAUUUGAUUGCUACCUUUGUCCGCUUAUGAAUUAUACCUUCUCAUAAUUGUCACUCUGUUUUUUUUAAUUUCUAAAUUUGGAAGAUCUAAGCACACUUCCUUUGUGUAAGUGUGUGUGUGUGUGUGUGUGCGUGCUGUGGGGUUGAUCUUGCUGUCGGUAUUGGCUCUCCUCUGUGUAAAAUGCCAGCGUUAAAAGCCUCCGAGAAACCGGAUCCCUCCAGUCUGCGAAACAUAGCCUCGCACACUAAAAUGGGACACACGCGAGUGCAUGUCUCCCAGCGGCUUGAGGACAAGUGAUGCGGAAGGUGGCUGGCGAAUCACGGAGCUGACAAAUAAAUAAAUAAAAAAAUAGGAUGCAAGAGGAGAAGCAGUGAAACAGUAUUUGAUGGAGGCACAUAAAAAGCAGGCCAGGCUCUGACAUCAUCUGCUAUAAUCACCUCCCUAAUUGCUUUAUAAUGUUCUCUGCUAUCAAAGCCGCUUUACAUUAUCAUAUAACACUGCAGCCUGAGCUCUGCUUUCACUCUAACUGCACAAUACAGUGAGGCGGAAGUGUUACUUACACUCAGCUGGGUGCUUUUGUGGAUAAAGGAAGGGCUGUGGUAGAAAAGGGGGCGUCGCCUUCUAGUGUAUGGACAGCAAACACACAGGGAGGCUUUUAGGCUUCUGUUUGCACUAUUGGUUCAACACUUUUUUUCUUUUCUGGAACAUUUAGCCGCUGGAGCUCAAAGAUAUCUCCUCUGCCUUCUUAAACUCUCACCUGGAAGGUGAUUAUUGUGGUUUUAUGUAGAGAGUAUUUUGUCGUUUUGUUUUGUUAAAGGCUUACGGGAGCCUGGUAAUUGUUUUAUCCACAGUUUGGCAGGGUGGAGCGCUCAUUACCUAACUAAUGAAGUCUUAGUGGAACAUCAACACGGUAGCCUGCCCAAUAAGGAAGAUUUAAUUUGGCAUUUAAGUGACUUAAACUGAGUAUUAUUACGUUACCACUACUUCUCCUGACAGCAUAUAAGUCUCCCACGUGUAGUACAGCUUUAACAUGGUGGUUAGGUAAUAUAUGGGUCAACCCUUUGCACACGCCACGCACACUAUCUUCGGACGGACGUGGAUACAUAAUGAAUAUGAUGUCAUGGCAUCAAGGUCUCUCGCCAUUGGCUGAGCUGAGUCCAUUGCGCCAUCGCCAAUUGGCUGAAAGUCUCCGGAACGCUCCCCUCAGACGAUCUCCGAGCCUUUUGUUCCGAGUGUACGCCGACCCCCAGAUCUGCAAACACACAAUGUACAGAUAGAUAUGAAGAGUUUUCAAGUGACAAAUAAGAAAAAACAGUCGAUACUAAUCAACGAUGGCACCUUUUUAAGUCACAAAAUACAAAUUUUAGUGACGUUUUAUUAGUUUCUGCCACUCUCCAGUUGCUUUCUGGCCCUUCGAUUGUUUCUCGGAUUAGUGACACAUACAAUGGAGGAAAGAAAAGAUGUGACCUUCACCUAAUGAGGUUAAUACAUUCACUGCGUGCAUUGAGCUCAAUCCCACCAACAAACUCACCCCCGCGCGCGCACCUCGCUGCCAUUUUGUGGUCCCCACAACUGCGCACCAUCUUCUAUCACGGUCGCCUCCUCCCUUUGUUCUCUGAAGUUAUUUUUUGAGGUACAGCGUUGAUGCGUUGGAGUUUUUUGUGCGCUGAUCUACCGUCUAGCUAGCCGUCUUGUUUUGAUCGGCUUUGUUCAGACUGUGAUGCACACUUGCGUGGGAGAUAACAUGGAGGUACACGUGAGCCGUGCUCCAGUGGAGACCCAUACUGUGAGUGUGUGUGUGUCAAGUGUGCAUCCGCUGAUGAGGAGCGACAGGACGGCUAAAGACAUGCUUGGUUCAACAUACACAUUCUCCUUAAGGAGGGGCACCAAGUGAGGAAUGUUUGCUGUUAUGCUCGGGGGAAUUUUAAGGGACCCUCUCGUCAUUGUAGACAGAUACCAGGAGGUUUAGAGUAGGGUGCCACGCCAAUGUCCAUCUCCAUCACAAACAGGAAAGACGUGAAGGAGCGAGAGGUUGCAGACCGAUGGGAGUGGCUUGUAGGUGUGUGGUCAUGAGGAGCUCGUCCUAUUGGACGGCUCACCGUAAUCUCUGCUGAGAGUUUAUGUAACAGCAGAAGGGGAGGUGACAUCACAACCCACCCACAUAUCUCCCCUCACCAUGCACCCAGUCGUCUUGAGAGUCGAUGUGUGAUUCAGGCUUCGUAAGGAGGAUUCACGUUCCUGUUGUACGCACACACACACACCUUCUCAUCCCCGUCCUCCAUUGUUGGUCGGGGCUCCCCCUAUGUGGAUCUCCAACAGCUAAGGGGAGCAGGGGAUCGGGCGGGGGGCCAAAGGGCGCAGGUCAGGAGGCCGGAGGAGGUGCAGUGGUGGUGGUGGUGGUGUUUGUUUUGGGGUGUUUUUAGCCUGAGAGCAUCAAUGAGAGAGAAGGGGCUGGGCCGGGACGCCAUGGCCCUGAAGCUGCUCUUCUGGGAGCUGGAGAAGCAUCUGAAGAGGUAACGAUGGCUGUAGUGUUGUCACGUGGUCCGGGGGUGUAGUGGGGGGGUUUCAGGUCCGAGGGAUUAAGCCAGUGGCUUUGUGUUGGUGUGUCUGUCUGAUUGGUGUGGUGGCGUCCAGUUGAUUGGAUGUUUUUCUCAGUGUGUUUGAGGACACCGUGUUCUCGCUCCUGCACAUGCAUGCUGUUACACUUGACUGUGUGCGGGUAGGAGAGCGAGGCUGGCUGAUGUUUAUUCACCGUAACGUGGACCUUCACACGUCCGGACCCAAGACUUUAUGUCUCGUCUGCUUUCAGUUGAGCUUUUCCCUCCAAUCUCAACUGCCAGAGAUAAGCAUCAUGUUCCAGUUCCUCAAUCGAUCCGGUCGGCCCAUGUUUGCUUCCCUUUGUUCAGUUAUCACGCCACUAAUAGACUUCAGUCUCCAAUAAACCCAUUAUUCAUACAGCCUGUCCAACAAGAAAUAUACAACCUGUAAAAACACACAUUUAUCCUACAGUUGAGUGUUUAAUAUUUCCCAUACAAUACAGAAAACAUGUGACGCUGCUCCUUUUGGAAGAAAUAAAAAGGAGAACAAAUGUUCAUUUCCAGUUCUGUAAGAUCGCUAAAUCCUGUCCGAGUUCCCUUUGACCGUUAAAGCCCUAAAAUACAAACGUAUACGCAGGUUUUGUCUUCUCCUCAUCCACGUUUCUGAUCUCCAAACUCCCAUGUUGACACACUUCCACUAACUGAUCCAGAGACAGAUGUAACACAGCUAAGGUGCUCAUAAAAGGUGUGAAGAAGCAACAGUUAGAGGUCCGUUAGCUCGUACUGAUUGAAUUAAAAUGGCCAAAUGUACCUUUUCUUUUGUGCGCUGCAACUAUGAGUUAUUAGUUAUGUCCAAAGCUCAAAGAUAUUCAGUUUAAUAAUAAACUUAAUAAUAAAAUUCAUUAUCUGACCGAUUGUUUCAUGUUUCCUUCUAGUGCUAGAAAGACAAGUCAUUUAAUGGAUUAGUUGUCGGACAGAAAAUUAGUCUUCAAGUUUUGACAAUCAGUUAAUCAUUUUAAACGUUUGUCAGGGGAAAAUGAGAGGAUUUGCCUUUUUUACGUCAUUGUCAACUUGAAUAUAUUUGAGGUUUUAUACUGUUGGUUCAAAUAAAACAAUACAUUUGUGAUUUCCCUUAAUAACUGUCUGACAUUUCAGUAUCAUGGAGAAGGAAAAUUGUCUUUUCUCUUUUAUAGUUUUCAGACAUCACGUUUCAUAUUUUAAUAUGAAAUACUUAAUAAAGAGCUUUAGUUUGUGGUGGACCAAAUUUUAAUACACGUUUUCAUAAUUAACUAUUUCUUAUCAUUAUCAAUUCGUUUUUAAUUAUUUAUUUGAAUAAUCCCCUCUCAGAGACAAUGGAAGUGUCUCUUUUCUUCUGUUUACACCACUGCACAGAUGUCAGUGUGUCCUCACGCGCGUGAGUUAUAACCGACAGGUGGAGUCACUGUUUCGGUCACACUUUCUCCAUCACCUGCAGUCCACAUUUAUAGAACAGUUUUGAGACAACACGAGACAAAAUAGACGCUAAAAAAAAAACCAAAAUGUCCGCUGUUGAAUUGCUGCGUGCUCCAUCGUCUCGAGGUUUUUUUAUAGAGGACGGUGCAGCAGGUACAGAGAGACGUUGCUGAAUUAUUCCCAUGUUAUUACCCUCUCCUCCAAUCCGGGAGCCGUCCUCCCACCGCAUGUAUUAUGCUAAUGAGCUCGCGUCUGCGCCAAUCGCGCGGCUGCUGGCGCUGUUUUUCCUGCAUGCAUCACCCAGAGAGGGCGCCGCGGUGCGCGGAGCUGCACAGCCCGCCCCGCUUCAGUCUUUGUGUGUCCCGGCUGCGAGCUCUGCGGUCGCCCGGAGAGCAGACACCCCGACUGCCCCACAAUAAUGCGCUAUUUUUCUACUUUUAUACCGCUGGAUUUCCGGUUCGAGGAGUCGCCUUCGGGGGUUUUAAUGGGAAUAGCAUGAAUUCCCAAUGUUACACAGUGGCGAUGGAUCUUGGCGUUUGUCACCUGAGGAAUUUCUCGAUAUCGUUUCUGUCCUCUGUGCUCGGGAAGGGGAGCGCGUCAGUCCGGCUUGACAAUAGCUCUUCCGGUGCAAGUGUGGUGGCCAUCGACAACAAGAUUGAACAAGCAAUGGACCUGGUGAAGAGCCACCUGAUGUACGCGGUGCGCGAAGAGGUGGAGGUGCUGAAGGAGCAGAUCAAAGAGCUGAUCGAGCGCAACACUCAGCUGGAGCAGGAGAACAACCUGCUGAAGAACCUGGCCAGCCCCGAGCAGAUGGCUCAGUUCCAGGCGCAGGUCCAGACCGACGGCUCCCCGACCGGCACCGCCCAGCCUCCGGUCCCGGUCCCAGCCGGGACGGCACAAGUCCUCCCUUCCGCACAGAGCUCCGGCACGUCUGCGUAACACAGAAACUGCACUCUGGAGAGCCCCCUGAGGAUGAUAGGUAGGAAGGAGGAAGAGGAGGAUGGAGUCGUGCCAUAUUGUGAACUGACUCUAGCAUCAAGACCGACUUUGCCACCGUCUCGAGGAGCGCACACGUUCAACCGGAGGACGAACUUUUCUUUUGUUGCACAUUUAAUUUAACUAAAAGACUUCGGAGUUGCACCGACGUGUGUGUGUGUGUGUGUGUGUCGUCCGCUUUUAUUACCUGCUCCAGACAAUCGUCCGUCUUCAUCGUGAUGACGACGAUGAUGAUGAUGACAGUCGACCCAUCGCCCAGCGGAGGAAGGAGCUGAACGAAUCCCUCGCUGUGAGACCUGUGGAAAGCCAUCGUCUUCGCCACACUCCCCUUCUCAACCCAGCACUGUCCCAUCAGCACACACCUGACAUUUUUUACUCCUCUUUUUGUUUUUUAGUGCUGCGGUUCAUGCACUUUUUGUUUUUGUUUUCUUCAAUCGAUUCAAAAACAGCGGACGAAACACAGAUUCGCACGACCCAUCUGGAAUGGGAGUCCUAAAGAGUCACAUUUUACUUUAUGUGAAGACGAGGACGCGUCGUCUUGAUGUUCUGGGUUUAGAGGGGGGGGUUAUAAAGAAUUAUUAAAUGUAUAUAUUAGCUGCGCCUCGUCGUUCACUCUGAGAACUCUUUGUUCUCUCGGAGGUUCUCGUCGCCGUCCCCCCACCCUCGAUGAACCCUCCCCGUUCUCGGAUGGAGCAUUAAACAUUUACGCAGGGAAUCAAGUUUCUUUUUUGUUUUUGUCUUGGGAAAGGUUUGUUUUUGUCUGUUUAUGUUUCCGCGCUUGUUGAUGUGAUUAGUGUCAAAGUGAUGUGUAAAAAUGAAUUGAUGGAGAGGAAAAAUAAGUAGGACAUGACUGUUUCUAGGUAGUACAUUUUGUACAGAUGAAAAAAAUUCCACUUGAACUCUGCCAAGUGCCUGGUUUCCAACCAUAGAUACAUAUAUACAAGCUUUUUUAGUUGUUUUAUUCAAAAUAUGUAAAUAUAUGUACAUGUGUGUGUGUAUAUA